GCGAGGUCAAGCAGCAACCGAAAAGCAGGACCAAACUCCGUAAAAGACCGUCAGAUUGACUUUGAAUCUCAUCUACUGCUGUGUUCUGCCUCAGACAGAGAAAUCUCUGUGAUCUACCUACCAAGAUGUCGAAAAUCAAAAAGCCAGAGUUUGAUGAAGAAGCACGGGUCUUGGCUGAAAAAGUCUUCGCCCAUGAUGCUAAAGAUGAAGAUGAACGAGAUGAGAUCUCGCCAUUCGAUAUGGCUGACAAUUGCCCAAUUGGACACCUUGAGAUGCAACACCAUUUAAUUGACAGGAAAGCAAAGGAAUCCUCAAGCAAAAGGUUGAAAAUGAUCAUGAAAGCAAAGGCAAUCACUGAACCAGUUCCAGUUCUCGAGGACCCUGCAGUUACACAGUCCAAAGAAUCAGCUGAUCAGAAGGGCCUGCCUUCGUACACAAAUGUGCCAGAAUUUCAGAGAGUCGUCAUUUCUGGAGACUACGCGUCAGGGGUAACCGUGGAAGAUUUUGAAGUUGCCUGCAAGGGCCUGUAUCGAGCUUUGACCAUUCGGGAGAAAUACAUGCGGCUAUCAUUUCAACGAUUCUGCAGGACCACUGCACACUUCCUGCGGAACAUGGAAAAUGAGCAAUGGAAAGAGGAGAAUGAAGUGCACCCAAUAUUUACUCCACCUUUAAAGACAGGGGGAGACCCCUUUAGUCCAAAGGACCUACCUGAAAAUCUUGGCUAUGUAUGUAGGAUGAAAGAUGGAGUGAUUUACGUUUAUGCAAAUGAAGAAUCAGUCAAGAGAAAUGAGCCCAAAGACUUACCAUUCCUAGACCUGGCCACCUUCCUGGAUGACAUGAACUUUUUAAUUGCAUUGAUUGCUCAAGGGCCUGUGAAAACAUACGCCCACCGUCGCUUGAAAUUUCUGAAUUCUAAGUUCAAUCUGCACGAGAUGCUGAAUGAAAUGGAAGAGAUGAAGGAAGUGAAGACUAAUCCUCACAGAGAUUUCUACAAUGUCAGAAAGGUUGACACACACAUCCACGCAGCAGCCUGCAUGAAUCAGAAGCAUCUCCUACGCUUCAUCAAGAAGUCCUCGAGGGUUGAUUCAGACCGCAUUGUUUGGACUUCCAAAGACAAGAAGUUAACCUUGAAAGAGCUCUUUGAUAAGCUGAAGCUGAAUGCCUAUGAUCUGACGGUUGAUUCUCUGGAUGUGCAUGCAGGUCGUCAGACUUUCCAACGUUUUGAUAAGUUUAAUGCCAAGUACAAUCCAGUGGGUGCCAGUGAACUCCGUGACCUUUACCUGAAGACAGAGAAUGCCAUUGAAGGAGAAUAUUUUGCUCACAUCAUAAAGGAAGUGGCAUCGGAUUUGGAAGAUGCCAAGUACCAACAUGCAGAGCCACGUUUGUCCAUCUAUGGGCGGUCACCAGAUGAGUGGUCUAAGCUGGCAACCUGGUUCAUCAAGCACAGGGUCUUCUCUCCCAAAAUGAGAUGGAUGAUUCAGGUCCCCAGAAUUUAUGAUAUUUUCAGAGCCCAAAAUUUCAUCCCACACUUUGGAAAAAUGCUUGAAAACAUCUUCAUGCCAAUUUUUGAAGCAACGGUGAACCCUCAGGAUAACAUCAAGCUCAGCAUCUUCCUGAAACAUAUCACCGGGUUUGACAGUGUCGAUGAUGAGUCCAAACACAGUGGCCACAUGUUCUGCACAAAGAGCCCCAAACCGGAGGAAUGGAAUAUGCCGAAGAAUCCUUCAUACUCUUACUACCUCUGUUAUAUGUAUCUUAACAUCAUGAUCCUCAACAACCUCCGAAGGGAGAGAGGGUUAAACACUUUCUUGUUCCGUCCACACUGUGGUGAGGCGGGAGCUGUGACACAUCUGCUGGCAGCCUUCAUGACAGCAGAUAACAUCUCCCACGGACUCAAUCUGAAAAAGAGCCCAGUGCUGCAGUACUUGUACUUUCUGACUCAGACCCCCAUCGCCUUGUCUCCUCUCAGCAAUAACAGCCUGUUCCUGGAGUAUGCCAAGAAUCCACUUCCUGAGUUUCUGAGGAAGGGGCUGAUGGUCUCACUCUCCACUGAUGAUCCCAUGCAAUUCCAUUACACCAAGGAACCGUUGAUGGAGGAAUAUGCCAUUGCUGCUCAGGUCUUCAAACUUAGUACCUGUGACAUCUGUGAGAUAGCACGGAACAGUGUCUUGCAGAGCGGCUUCUCGAAACAGGAGAAGGCUCACUUUCUGGGAUCUAACUACCAUCAGGAAGGGCCGGAAGGAAACUGCAUUCAGAAGACAAAUGUACCUCAGAUACGAAUGGCCUACCGCUACGAAACACUCUGUUACGAACUGAACCUGAUCAAGGAAGGAUUGAAAGAUCUGGAGUAAAAACAGCACUGCUACAUCAGUGGGAGCUUGACAAUGUGGGCUGUUCUGCCCUUAAGCACAAAAGCUGCUCCUGUAGCUCUAGAGCUGUUUGGACCUUGAGAGAGACUCAUAGCAUCUUCAUAAGCCAAUGGCAACAUUUUGGGAAAAAUAUUAGUGAUUGAUGUGAAAUCUUACUUAAACAAAAAUAGAUGAUUUCCUGGCCUUUC